AUGGGACAUGAGAAUAUCACAGAAUUUAUCAUCCUAGGACUUUUUAGUGAUGAGGCUGCAAAGGUUGCCUGCUUUGUCCUGUUCUCUCUUUGCUAUAUCACAAUUCUCUCAGGAAACCUGCUCAUUCUUCUCACCAUCAGGGUCAGCCACCUCAGUGAGCAGCCUAUGUACUUUUUCCUCAGCUACUUGUCCCUCAUGGAUGUCUGCUUCACCUCCACGGUGGCCCCCAAACUGAUCACAGACUUACUGGCCCAGCAGAACGCCAUCUCCUACAACAGUUGCAUGUCCCAGAUGUUUUACGCCCACUUCUUUGGCGCCACAGAGAUCUUCAUCUUGGUGACCAUGGCCUAUGACCGCUAUGCAGCCAUCUGCAGACCCCUUCACUAUAUGGUCAUCAUGAGCAGACAGGUAUGCUAUGUCCUUGUGAUGGCCUCUAUUAUCGGAGCAUUUAUCCAUUCAUUCAUGCAAGUAUUGAUUAUUAUUGAGCUUCCCUUCUGUGGCCCCAAUCAGAUAGACCACUACUUCUGUGAUGUAUUCCCCUUGCUGAAGCUGGCCUGUAUGGACACCAGCUUGUUAGUCAUUGCAAUCAUUUCCACUACAGGGGUGUUGUCCAUUUUGACCUUUGUUACCUUGGUCAUUUCUUACAUCAUCAUCCUGUCCACCCUGAGGACCCAUUCCUCCGAGGGCCGCCGCAAAGCCCUCUCCACCUGUGGCUCCCACAUCACUGUCGUGUUCAUGUUCUUCUUGCCCCUCAUCUUCACCUAUGCCCCCACAGCUUAUUCUGUCAGUAAUGACAAGAUUUUUGCCCUAUUUUACACCAUGAUUGCCCCCAUGUUCAACCCUCUUAUCUACACACUGAGAAACGAAGACAUGAAGAAUGCCAUGAGGAGAGUGUGGUGCAGAGAGAAACUGUUUGAAGGGAAAUGA